CAGCUAUCUUGUAUCCAGACGGCUUUUCUAUGCAACUUCGUAUGUUGCUAUCAUAUUUCACGCUGUUUAUGUUCAGCCUUGUCCAAAUUUACAAACUUUGCAUCCCUUCGAUCGUAUUCUGGAGGAAAUUCGAGAACUUAAACUUCUGGAAAGUUGCAUUCUUUCCGAUGUUCAUCUGAUCUUUUGUUGUUGAAAACAAAAAGUAAUUAUUGGAGGAGUUAAAUCUGUAUUGAAGCAAGAUAAUUGGAGUUUUUCGUUGGUGAUCUGGAAUUGGUACGAAAGGUUAAUUAUUGGAGGAGAAAUUGUGGGGUAUUGUGUACUCUGAGCAGCUGUUAGGCUUGAUAUUUUAACCCAAGUCAGUGAAAAUGGGCUACUUUGUUAGAAGCUAGGAACCAAUUUUCUUUUUCCCCCUAUUAGUUUUGUGGCUUUACUUGCUUGGGAUUGUGGUUUGUUUAAUGGAUGAUACCAAGGAUGAUGCAAGAUAUCCCCCUAUUAUGUAUGGUGAUAAAAACCAUCAAGGUUAUGGCUAUCUGAAUCAUCAAAAACAUUCGGUUAGGAGUUCUCCAUAUUCUCAGCCGGUCACAAAUGAGUAUGUGGAAGAUAAUGAUGAUGAUGGAGAUGGAGAGGAUGUAGAACUUUUAGGAGGCGGGGAAGAUGAUGAUGCUGAUCAGAGUAAUAGUAUAUAUUCCCAAAAUGAUGUUGAUGACAAUGAUUAUGAGGAAGAUGAUGAGGGUGAAGAUGAUGAUGAAAAUGACAAUGAUGAUAAUGAUGAUACUGAUGAUGAUGGUGGUAAGAAGAGGAGUUAUAAGAAGAGAGUUGAAGAUGAUUCAGAAUGGCAUCCGAAAAAGCGAAAGCUGAAAAGCUUGAUUUCAGCUUAUGAAGUUGCCCCUCGUGUGCCAGCAGCACCAUCAGGGGCAACUCGCUCAGACCCAAAACCAUAUGUUGGUUCCAGGAAUUCCCUUACUGACUGGACUGAAAAUGAGACAUUCUUUCUUCUUGAUGCCUGGGGGAAUCGGUUUCUUCAACAGGGAAGGAAGAGUCUUCGGUCUGAGCAAUGGCAAGAAGUUGCAGAGGAAGUAUCAGAAGUUUCAAAAAUUGAAAGGACAGAUGCGCAAUGUCGGAAUCGCCUGGACACAUUAAAGAAAAAAUACAAAAAGGAGAAAACUAAAUUAGCAGAAAUGGGUGGUGGAUCAAGCAAAUGGGUCUAUUUCAAAAGGAUGGAUAAGCUGUUGUCUUCCCCUCCACAGCAUGCUGGUCUCUCUUGUGGGUUAGACUCAGGAGAGUAUGUUUUUAUGAACCCCAGAGUUUAUUUGAACCGUGCAAAUGGGUUAGAUGAAAUGAGGGAUAGUCCAGGGAAUUCAGAAUCUACUGGUGAGUAUUUAGGUGGACUUAAUCCAAAGAAAAGAAGGCAUGGGGGGAACAGCGAUGAAACUUCCUGCAGAUUGGUUGCUGAAUCAAUUCAGAAAUUCGGUGAGAUAUAUGAAAAGAUUGAAAAUAGUAAAAGGCAGCUGAUGGUGGAACUGGAAAAGAUGAGAAUGGAUUUCCAUAGAGAAUUGGAAACACAGAAGAGGCAGAUAUUAGAGAGAUUGCAAAGUGAGAUUGCAAAACUGGACCAGAGAGACAAUGAGGAUAAUGAUGUUUCUGUAGAGAAGGAUCAGUAAUGUUUAUGUCUUGUAGCUCCUUUAUCAUUCUUUUUUUGGGUCUGACAUGCCUUGUAGCUCAUAAUGUUACAUAAAAUGUAGACACCAUCUGCUGUAUAAUAUUCGAGGCAUUUCCCCCGUUUUAGAAUUUUCUUGUGUAGCAGUACAUUUGUCAGGAAUGUUGCAAUACAGUAGAAUGAAAAUUGGACAGUCAUUAUCAUGUUAUCACUGCAUGUGCUCAAUGGUUCAUACCAUUCUAGUCUAUUGUUUUUCUCCCCUC